CGGUUUUCCCGGUGUUGAGACUAAGUGUCGUUGAGCACCCAUGGCACCUCCGAGGCUCUGCACGUUCUGAAUGGCCAAAGACGCUGUCAAGGUCUUAGUGCGGCUUUUGCCGCCUGAGAUUACCGAGGACGAGCUGGUUGCCACAGUGCCAGAGGCACACCUCCAGCACACUACAUGGCGCAGUUUUCAGGCUGGCAAGCGCUACAAGGGUGAAGCCAAGCCGUCUGUAAAUGCACGCUGCUAUUUUCUAUUUGACGACGAAGAGAACGCAGAGAAGUUCAUCAAGGAAUACCAUGGACAUCAAUUCGUAGACGGUCAGGGGGAGAACUUCCGGGCUGUGGCCUGUUUUGCCCCAUACCCCAAGGCUCCGCGGAAUAAGACUUCCAAGGACAGUCGAGAUGGUACGAUUUUUGAGGAUGCCACAUACAAAGAGUUCCUGGAAAGCCUCUCAGCUCCAAGGACGUUUGAGGCACCUCCGAACCCGGUCUCCUUGAUUCAGCCGUCCAGUGCCAAGGACACACCCCUCCUGAACUACAUGAAGACGAGGGCGGCUGAAAGACGUGCACGCCAAGAUAAGCGUGAAAGGGAACGGAAGAGAUGGCAUGACCGCCUUGGGCGUAUUGAAGAGAAGCCAAAGUGGCGCUGCGCGGAAUGCGGCACCACGAAGCAACUCGAGGAAGACCCGGAUGCUCGAGGCGUCUGCUAUUGCGUGUACUGCUGGGAGAAGUGGGAGGCGAAGGAGUCCAAAAAGAAAAAGAAGUCGAAGAAAACUCCCGAGUACGAAGAAGAAGAAGAAUGGUACGAAGAGGAGCCAACCAAGAAAAAGAAAAAGAAGAAAAAGGGCUACGAAGAAGAGUGGACAGAUGACAGUAAUUGGUAUGCAGAGGCUGGGGACUGGAACGAGGGCUGGUACGAAGGCUCCGAGGAGCCCAAAAAGAAGAAAAAGAAGAAGAAGUCCAAGGAUGACGAAGAAGAGUAUGGCGCAUGCCAUUGGCAUCCAGAGGACUACUGGGAAGAAGGUGAAGGUGAAGGAAGCAAGUCCAAAAGAAGGUCCAAAAAGCAAAGCGAAGAGCAGUGGUGGGAAGAGCCCGAGAAGGAAAGCACGUCCAAGAGAAGGCCUGAGGGAAGGUGGCGUGCCAAAGAAGAGGUGAAGGAGCCUCAGCGGCCCCGAAGAAGCAGGCGUGAGAAGGAUGGAGAAUCCCAAUGGGUGCCCAAGCUUCAGCAAUGAGCUGGGUGCCAAAUUCCUUGACGGCCAGACGAGGCUGCCUUCAGUGGCCUGGUGCAAAGUCACUUGGGAGAGCAGAUGUGCCGCUGACCGUCUGAGGGGCGGACGCACCGGCAAAAA